UACCGCAGCUCAGAAGACCUUGCGAAAUUCAUCAGACUACAGUACACUCAAAAAUUAUUCUAAAAACCUUUGGUUUUGUUUUUGAUUCAAAAUACUAAAAUUAUCCUUCCACUGCUCUUGGCCACUAGUUUUUUAAAGUAUACCGAACAAAAUGUCGAUUUUUGCCCUCAGUGCCACUCUUGUUUUUGAGCAACCUGUUGAGAUUGCGCUAGUUUGUGCACCUCAAAUGUCACGGAGUAAACAUUUGUAUGAAAAACUGGCAGUAAAUAAAAUGGGGGAAUAAGUACAUAUGGCGGUGCAUUCUUGUUACAUUUAUUCAUUGCGUCAUAAUGUAGUUUGUAUAUUCAUUUAGCUAUGGCAGCAACUUAAUGUGAAAGGCGUAAUAACAAUGAAAUGCUCUUCCACUAAACGACAGAUGGCAAAAAUAACCUAUUGCCUUACAGCAGAAGUACUGUCUGGAACCGUUAAAAAAAAAGGAAAAAAAGUCUAUUAAUAAUUACCACCUCAGGCUUCCCUUCAGGACUUUAACACCAUCGAAGCGGAUAGAAAGCCUUUGCACAAUCGUUCACUCAGAGGAAGAAAUUGUGGAGCUUGGUGAAGAGACAGCUGUCAGUGAAAAGCCCCAAAUCUCCUGUCCCAGUCGCCCACUGUACAGCUGCGGGGAAGCGGGGGGGGGGGGGGGGGGCACGUCCCCAAAGCCGCACUUUGCUCAGUGCGAACGCAAGCUGAAAACGCAGCCAUGGCGACAAAAGGGAGAGUUGGUUCAGCAGUCGCUGGUAGCGACCUCCGCGAUUCCUCCGAAUCCGAACCCGAAGGGGAACACGCUAGGACAGCUGCCGGCGGGCCACCUCGCGCGCCUUUCACCUACACGCAGGUCAUCCACAGCGGCCACUUCAUGGUGUCGUCGCCCCACAGCGACGCUUCGCCGGGCGGCGCGAAAGGUAAAGGGCGUCCGAGGUACGACUUUGACACGGUGAACCGGAACUGGUGCCAGACGUACCGCUACGGGCCGCGAAGCUCCGGGAGCCUGAGCAUCGACCCCACGCUCACGCGCCUGUUUGAGUGCAUCUCGCUGGCCUACAGCAACAAGAUUGUCUCCCCAAAAUGGAAGACUUUCAAGGGACUACGGCUGCUGUGGCGGGAUAAGAUCCGUCUAAACAAUGCAAUUUGGAGAGCAUGGUUCAUCCAGUAUUUGGAGAAGAGGAAAAACCCUGUAUGUGGCUUUGUCACCCCAUUGGAGGGAUCUGAGGCAGAUGCUCACAGAAAGCCUGAAGCGAUUGUAUUAGAGGGCAGCUACUGGAAGCGACGGAUUGAGGUGGUCAUUAAGGAGUAUCACAAGUGGAGGAUAUAUUAUAAAAAGAGAUUUCAGAAAAAGAAGGAUGGAAUUAUAUCCAUGCUACAAGAGGGUCAAAUCUGCCAGGUGAAGCUAGAGAAAUGGUCCAGUCAGAUGUAUGCAGAGCCUGAGGCAACAACAGAGGAUGCUCAUAUUUUUGACCUGGACUACCUUCUAUGUGACAUCUCCGACACCCUGUUCACCAUGACACAGAAGCCGUGCCCCUGGAGCAGUGAGCGGCACAACGCGUACACGACAAAUGCUGAUAUGAUUCAGCCAGCCCUAACUCCUCUGCAGCCUAGCUUGGAUGAGUUCAUGGAUAUACCAGAUAUCUGUUUGAACUUGGGGUUCCAGCCAUGUGACCAGACAGGUUUAGCACACUCGGGCUAUUUUGAAAAUUCCCCCAACGUUGCCCUUUCCUCUAAUGCUCCUGUUCACACAGCAACUCAACUACUCAUUGACAGCCAGCUCUCUCAGGCUGGUUUGACAGCUGAAAAUUGUCCUCAGGCCUCAUCAUCGAAUUCUCAAACACUGAGCGCCACACUAAACCAGGAUUGUGAUCAAUACAACUUGACCCCUUUACCAUUUGGACCACAGUCAUACGCUGAUCCUGGUGUUUCUACACUGUUUCCGGCCAAUGUUGAGCAUGGCUUGUCUGCAGCUGUCCCCUUUUCUUACCCAGCCCCAUGUCACAAAAUCAACUACCACUCACCCACAGCCGCCAGCGUGACCCCAACUGUCAUCACGCACACCGCCUCCACCGUGGGGAGUGGGCAACAGGCUCCCAGCUACCCUCAUCUAGGCAACACCUACCUCCAAACUUCUUACCACGCUCUCAGCCACCCGACGAUCACGUCUGCGCCGGGUCAAACAGCCCAGACGCCUGGAGGCAGAUCACACUGCUUUGCGGUUCCUGAACAAGUGUGUACCACAGAAGUGAGAGGGAAGCGCAAGCAAAAGAGAGGAGGAGCGAGGACAUCUGAUCCACCUCCUGGUCUGUCUUACACUACAUCCACCGCCCCCACCAGUUGCCUUGCUAAGCUGCUCUCCACAGGGAAACCUUCAGUGCAGUUUGAAGUGACUCAUUUGACAGUCAAAGGUCAGAAGUCCUCAUCUCCCAGCUCUCUGGUUUCUUCUAGUGGGCAUGUUGCUGGAGCUUCGUCCCAAGUACAGCAUGGAGCCAACUGGCAUGUGGCGUUACCAGAGUUGCAUAAUCAGAGUUCGGCCCAGGGUCACAGGCAAACCUCUACGGCCUCAGCCGAGUCUCCCCUGCAACCGGAUGACACAGCACACUCAAGCGCGGCUCUUCUCAUCCCCAAGACUGAGAAACUGUCGCCUGCUCAGCUUUAUGGCAGGGACAGGAGCCGCUUAACAGGGUAUCCUGGCCAAACAUCACCCAGUAACAUGGUAGAGAAAUCCUGCAAUCCACAAUCUCCACAAUCAGGUUUGCCCAGCUAUAGGAUGAUGGAACCGAUUAAGCCAACAGAGGCCAGGAGUCUAACUCACAUCUCAGCUGAACAUAAGAGGCGUUUUAACAUCAACAUGGGGUUUGACACUUUACAAAACCUUGUGACAACGCUCAACUCUCAGCCAAGUAUAAAGAGCAGCAAAGCCACCACAUUGCAGAAGACGACCGAGUACAUCAGUAAGAUCCAGCAGGAGAGAGCAGUACUGCACGACGAGGUGCAGAGACUCCGAAAUGAGGUCCAGCUCCUGAACUCAGCCAUCAAUGCUUGCCAACAGCAGCUGCCGGCCACAGGUAUGCCCAUCACACAGCAGCGAAUUGACCACAUGAGGCAAAAGUUCAGAGAGUACGUCCGGGCACGGACUCUGCAAAACUGGAAGUUCUGGAUCUUCAGCAUCAUCAUCGAGCCGCUGUUUGAGUCCUAUAACGCAAUGGUGUCCACUGCCAGUGUGGAAGAACUGUGCCACACCACUUUGUCCUGGCUGGACCGAUACUGCUCACUGCCUUCUCUAAGAACUAUGGUCUUGAAUUCACUUCGUCGCCUGAGCACCAAUACGUCCAUCCUAACCGAGCCGAGACUGCUGCCCCAGCAGGCCACUUUUGCCGUCACCCAGGGUGACCCCUCUGCUCCAAUGGACCACUCCAUACAGUACUCUGCUCAAGAAGAUAUACGCAACAUGUGACUGGGAAAAAAAAAACUAGUCAGUUCUAAGAAAUACAAUCACACAUCAUUUGUUGUGACUACAACUCACUGGCUGCGGAAUGCGAAUGUCUGCCCCAAAAAUGAACUUUUAUCUAUUUUUGUUUCUCAGUUCGGUGUAAGAUACAAUUUGUGUUACAAACUUAGAGUAUAUUAUUUCUCAGAAAGCAAUACAUGGAAAACAGUGUUGCAUUUGUGUGUGAGACAGUUGGACUGUGUCCUUUUGUGUCUAACUCCAAUUAAGUAUUAAAAGUUGGUUUACUACAUUGUUAUUACCUAUCCCGCUCUGACUUGAUUAACAGCAUGGUUUAUUUACAGUGUUCUGUUAUGAGUAUUUCAUACUAAACACA